AUGGCAUCUGCCCAAGCUGGAAAGACCAAAAGCGGGAGAAGUAUAAUGUUUACUCAUCUGCAAAAUUGUAUUUUAGUAGAAUCGGUUAUCGAACACUAUGAUGACAUUAUUGGGUACCAAGCCAGAACUGUAAACCCACAGAGAAAGAGAUCCAUUUGGACAGAAAUCAGUAGAUCUGUUUCAGCUGAAGGAAGUUUUCCGAAGGAUGUAUGGGCCUGUCGGAAGAGGGUAACUGAUAUUAGAAAAAAGAUAAAGAAAAAGGUUUGCAGAGAAAAGCAAUGUUCCAAAGGAACCGGUGGAGGCUCCGGAUAUAGGGCAGAAUUAACAGACUUUGAGCAGAUGCUUUAUGCAAGGAUGGGUGAUGCCGUUGUGGACUAUGAUAACAUUUUUAUAUUUUUGAAGUUUUUUUAUAUACAAUUAUGCCAUUUUAAUACACAGAUAUUUAUAUUAUUAGAGCAAGAAGAUGAGGGACGUGAGGAAGAGGAGAUAGAUGCACAGGAGGAUCAACCUUUCGAAAAUGAAUAUACCUCUCAAGAGCAACAACCAUCCACCUCCACAGUACAAAGAGAAGAAGGGGCGAGUGUUCGUGCGUUACUACAAACCAUGCAGGACAGUUCUAUAUUAUUAUUCGAGGAAGAUCAUGUUGAAAUCAAUUUGGAACCUCUGGUUGAGGAUUCUGUAUGUCCAGAAGAUGAGGAUGAGACUCAGAUUGAGGGAAACACACCAGAGGGACCAACCCCACCUAAUUUAGAAACUCCACAGAAUAUCAUGGUCAAUGAAUCUGAGGAAGAUGAAAGACAAGAACAAUUGGGAAACCAAGAAGAUGUAACAGGCAGGGGAAAUGAAAUACAAAACCUCACAGACAUGGCUUUGGGAUUCAGGAAUGAGCAAAGUGCAUUUUUUAAAGAAAUGUUAAGAUUGCAAGAAGAAAGAAAUGCAAUUUUAAAAGCAGAUGCAGAAUUUAAGAGGGAUUAUUACAACACAAAAUUAGAAAUUUUGAAUAGAAGAUUUUCUAAUCAAUAA